CUUGCUCGCGGUUGUUCGCGCCGUCGUCGUCGUCGUUGUCGUUGCUUGCUGUCGCGCCCCGUUCGUCGCUUGUGUGUGAUAUUCUCUCUCUGGCUCGUGCGGUGCCGAGAUUUGACAGCAACGCUAAUUAUAUUAUUUGCGCCAUCACCGGGGUUCGAUCACGGGUUGCGCUGGUGUAGUGGCGUUGUUUUGUUUAAUUAUCUGUUUGUGAUUUUAAAUACGCGCGAGUGAUUUGAGGUGUCGGUGGUUUUGUUGUUGUUGUUUCGCAAAUGCAUCGUAUCGGUGAGAUUGUAGAAGUGUUUCGAUUCGAUCGCUGCUACCGGCGGUUUGGUGCGGUGUGAACCGCUAGUGACGAGCGAUCGCAUCCUGAUUGCUGUGGUGUGCCACAGUGCCAUCCAGUGCAAAUCGAACGAGGAACAAAAUUGUGGUGAUUAAAAUUGCUCACCGGCAAGUUGAUAAGCAAAGCAGUAAGUGAAGCAAGAAAGAAAGAGUUUGCUUCCAUCACCAUUGAAGCUGAGACAUAUUACGCCACGGAUAGUGAUCGCAACCAAGGUUUAGUGUGUCUUUGAUACAAACCAUCCAUUUUUAUACAUUACAAAAGCAAACCCAAAUCAGUAAAUAACUCGCAAGUGCUUAUCAAACACAGCAGUUCCGUUUCGGAGAACAUCGCCGGUAAGGGUAGCCCGACAGAACCAGCCCAACAGAACCCAUGCCGACGCAAGAUCAUGCAAGAGCAUCAUAAGUGUGUGCAAUCAUCGUUCAAUGUGUGAAAGUGUGUGAUACUCUCGAUAAAACCUUCCCGGAGAAAGGGCAUCCGAAAGGAAGCGGCUGGCGCUGGACGCGUGUGUGCCUAAAGUGUGAUAGCGGAAGGUGUGCCGAAAGCGAAGAGCCCGAGUACAUCUCACUCCCACGGCUCGAACGGGCAGGUCAAUCGUCGUGUGAAUUGGUCUCGUUUCAAAACGAAAAAGAAAGGAAAAGGAAAAAUAAAAGGAAAGAUCGCCUCAGAGCCUUCGCCAAGAUUGCCCAGGACCGUGUGGUACGGGCGAGAUAAUGCGUGAGUCUCAGAUUUGAGGGCGCAAGAGUGUGUGCUGCACCGUCCCGUGAGUCGGUCGAAUCAAUCGUCCUGCGGUCCGCCGGCGUAGUGUUGAAAAGUGUGCAUUUUCAGUGUUAAAGGAAAAAGUGGCUCGUUUUGUGUAUAUUUAAAAGUUUAUUCUGCUAAAGGAUAAAGCAAAGGUUUCUCCUGCAAAGAAUCGGUGCCGAGCGCAGUGACCGAGCUGACGUGUUGUAGUGCGUUGCAAAGUGUGUAAAUUAAUAUUCACUGAAAGAAAGAAUAGCCUGCGGUGGCUGCUGUGAAGAAGUGACUCCUGGAAAAGGGGAUUAGCCGGUGAAGUGAUAGCAAGUGGCGUGGUGCUCCUUGCGGUCGGGAACUAGCGUUACGCCAGCCUACCGGGCCGUGAUUGCGCUGUCGCUUCCAUUGACGGGCGCGGCAAGAUAGAGAGUGCGAUAGGUGACCACGCGUACAACAACGGCCUUACAAUUCAUUUCGAUAAAGUGGCCUCGAUCGGCGCCAACACGCUCAACUUUACGGACCUGGGGAGCCCUUACGAGGGCCCCCCGAGCACACCCCAGUCCGGGAUGGAUGCGCCGGACGCGCCGCACACGCCGAAGUACAUCGACGGCGGUGCGACGGCAACCGCGCCCGGCAAAUCGGCCUUCGUCGAGCUGCAGCAGCAUGGGUACGGUGGCAUCCGGAGCGGGUAUCAGCAUUUCAGUGCCCAGGGCGGCCAGGACUCGGGCUUUCCGAGUCCGCGCGGUGCCCUCGGCUACCCAUUUCCACCGAUGCACCAGAACUCCUACUCUGGGUAUCAUUUAGGCAGUUAUGCACCACCCUGCGCUAGUCCACCAAAAGAUGGUUUUUCCCCGUAUCCGCCACCACCACCCUCACCGACGACCGCGCUGCACGUGAACGCGCCCAAUGCGGACGGUGACGCGCAUUUCCUGCUAGACAAAUUAGAAGACACCGGUCUGCGGGUAAACGGCAAGGGCAAGAAGAUGCGAAAACCGCGCACCAUCUACAGCUCCCUCCAGCUGCAGCAGCUCAACCGAAGAUUUCAGCGAACGCAGUACCUGGCGCUACCGGAGCGGGCCGAGCUCGCCGCCAGCCUCGGGCUGACGCAGACACAGGUUAAGAUCUGGUUUCAAAAUCGACGAUCCAAGUACAAGAAGAUGAUGAAAGCGGCCCAGGCACCGGGCGUUGGAGGAGGACUUCCAUUGGGUGGACCGAACCAGGGAGGCCACAGUCCGUCGCAGCAUCAAAACAUGCAUCAAGCACCCGGUGGAGGAUCGAGCAGUGGUUCGCCUUCGCAUUUCCUACCUCCCGGACACAGUCCAACGCCGUCGAGCACCCCCGUCUCGGAGCUCUCACCUGGCCGCAUUCCAGGUCUUAGUCCGCCCUCGCAAGCACCCUGGGAGCAGAAACCGCCGCCGCACUGGGCCGACCACAAACCACCGCAGAUGGCACCGCAAACGAAUCAUGCACCUCCGCAACCGACCCACGCACCGCAGAUGGGUGGCUACGUACCUCAGUACUGGUAUCAGCCGGAAACGAACCCGUCGCUGUUAACAGUGUGGCCAGCGGUUUAACAUAACGAGAAUGUAAAUUAUAAUUUUAACCAUCCCUAGUGCUUAAGACGGUAAGACAUUAGACACUCUCCUAAGAUAAGAUCGGCUGUAAAAGUGAGUAGCGACCCUCUACUGCCGAGAGAGCGAGCGAGAGAGUAGAUACCCUUAGAACAAUGAUUCGAAGCAGCAAAGCAGAGCAAAAACGCAGAAAAAGGCAAAUAGCACAUUAAAACACACACACACCAUUGGAACGAAUCAAAAGUCCUCGACAUAAUGGAUAGUGCAAGUAAGUCUCGUUCCCAAUUUAAGAAAACAAAAGAAUGAGAGGGAAAGCUUUCUAAUUUUAACCUGGCACGUGAUCUUGUUCAUUUUAUUGGACGUUAGUAAGGAACGGAGAUAGCGCGGGCUGCAGAUGUUCUUUUAUAAUUUGUUCUUUUUCGUGUAGUAAUACUUGGAUUCGGAUGCAGUCCCGAUUUCGCAUCGGGCAAUGUGAUGGAUCUGUACAUUUUGCGGUUUGUUGUUCCGUUUGAAACACACACACACACACACACAUACAACCCAACCCACAUAGACCCAUGUGUUUGUGUUACUUUUAAUUAGUGUGCUUGGUGCCGUUUCACGGCGGUUUGUGCGGCAGAUGCGUUUUAUAGACCCAGUGGGAGUGUGCGUGUGUGUGUGAGUGUGUGUGAGAGAGUGUGUUAAAUGAUCCGGAGACGCUUUGGGGCUUUCAGAUAUUCCACCCCCCAAGGCAUAGUCGGAUCGAAUCGUCAUCUGCGAAAUCGUACAACGGAAUAGGUUCUGUGCAAUAUUUCUUAAGCGUAGCAUAACAAAAAAAAAACGGCCGCGUAUCCUUUAGCAUGUAUGGGGGUUUGGGACUACGGGGGAAUCGGACGGAUCGGGGAGAGGAAGAGAGCGAGAGAGAGAGAGAGAGUGAGAGAAGGAAACAUGAGCACAAACACAAACACACAUUCAAUGGAGCUUUUUCAUUUCGUUAUUAUUUUAAAUUUUGCACGUACACUAAAGCAAAGCUUUUACGUAAGCUUUUCGUGGUUGAAUUGAUUUUAAUCAACACAGCUCAAACUAACGUUCGGAAGUUGCACAGCGAAAUACAAAAGAAACAAAUAGAAAUGGUUUAGAAAACACAUUCCAUGCUGCAGUGCCCUUUUUCAUCCUAAAAAGCUCACAAAAGAAGAAAAUUGCCCCAGAUUGCGUUCUAAGACAUGCAAUCUAACACCAGAAAGCUUGCGCAAACACCGGUCAUAACCGUAUCAUGAUGGCAUAUUGUCAACUAGCAACCAUUUCAACUCACAUUACGAUCCAACUUUAGUGUUUGUGGUGUGUAAACGACUCCGACGAAGCAUUUGGGAGCCUUAAGGGAAGUUUGCGGCUGGAAUAGAAGUUCAACUCGGUUUCCAGAAACUCCCAGCAAGUUGUAAAUGUGUUCUGUGCAGUGCAUUUAGUCGGCAUUUUGCAAACCUUUUACGAUUACGUUUGGCGGCAGUAGCGCACAAAAGAAGCCAGCAAUCCUCCCCACCCUAUCGUCCCCGCCAAAACCCGCCAAAACGAGGGAUAAGCUUUUAUUUUGCACCGCUCCCCACCGCACCAAACAUCAGCGCACACUCAACACGCACACAAACCACGAUCCGACAAAUGUUGCUGCUGCUGUCUGUCUGUCUGUUUGUCCAUUCUCUCGCCUAUGUUGUCUUUCUUUCCCUUUGCUGUGUGUGUUUUUUAUUAGUUUUUUUUGGUUCAUUUAGCAAGCAAAUUGUGUACAUAGCAGAUUUAAAACCGCAUGCCUACCCCCUCCCUUAGAUUGGUAGGGGUGGCCACCCUAUACAUACAUUAAAAGCUAUUACUACUAUAAAUAAAACAAAUAUGGACUAACAUUAAUUCGAUGCGAAGAAUAGACCACUACGUAUGAUGAUUAAGAAAAGGGAGUGAAUAAAAGAGGGGACAGGGAGGUCCGGCACAACGAGUAGCUGCACCGUGGACGGACAAAACAAUGAAAGUAUUUAAUUGAAGAAGCGAACAAAAAACGGAAACAUUUUA